AUGGUACUCAAGCGUAAGAGGUCAAAGUCUGAGCUGGAGCCAAUGUUCUCCUCGCUCGAGCAGCGCAAUAGCAGCAGCUCCUUCAAUUUCAAUGCGGCAUCGGCAAUUGAUACGGCCAGGCAAGCGUUCUUUGUACCGCGACUGUCUACGCCUUCGCAUUUACCAAGUCGCACUAUGAAGCGCUUCCGUGAUAAUCGUCCGUCAGAAUCGGAGGUGCAUCGACGCACCUUGGAUGUCCUUUACUCUGCUCAACGCCGCCUCUACGAACCCCAGCAUGUGACGCCUGAAUUUACCAGUCUCACUGAGGAAUCCGCUACGACCCAAACGCAACUUAGUCAUGGGGCCCAGCAACGGUCGUUACACAGCUUCUGGAACAUCCCUGACCCGGCAGCCUCGGCAAACUCGCUGGCGUCCUCCCCGGCCACAUCUGCCAUAUCGCCCCCAUCACCUGCCUAUGCGGCCCAAGGUUCGCUAGGAGCCUGCGAGGACUGCGGCGCAAGGUUGGUUAGCGAUGAUGAGGAUGUGCCGAUGACGGGCGCCGGCUACGGUUCCGAGCCAUCCUGCGGGGCUUGUAGGAAGAUUGUUUGCUUUAGUUGCUCCGUCAGUAACCUUGGGGAAAAUCGGCGGUGUCUUGCGUUGUUUUGGGAAAUUCACCGCACUCAUUCCCUUGCGAUGGCGACACGGCCGGCCAGCCACGCUGGGUCGUGGUAUGAAGCAGACCCUGAGGAACUCUCUUCCCAGCUCGACGAGUUUUUGAACCGUGUCCCUGCGACUCUGGACGACAGUGAGCUGCCGAUUCCGGAUGCAAGAGUGAUUAUCGCACCCCAUGCCGGAUACUCUUACUCCGGGCCUUGCGCCGCUUGGGCAUACAAAGCCCUCGAUCUGCGUUCGGCAAAACGGGUCUUCAUUCUCGGGCCAUCCCACACCUACUAUCUUCGUGGUCUCGCUCUCUCGACUUACGCCAGAUACGCCACGCCUUUUGGGGAUCUCGUGGUCGACCAGGAUACUACGACUGAACUGUCGGGCACCGGAAAGUUCAAGGAGAUGCCGUCCGAUGGAGAGGUAAACGAGCAUUCCCUUGAGAUGCAUAUUCCAUAUUUGUGGAAGAGGCUUGAGCAGACCUUUGGCGAUGACAGUAGCAAAUACCCGCCGAUUGUGCCAAUUCUCGUUGGUACUACACACGAGCACGAGGAACAGGAUUGGGGCAGGCUCCUAGCACCGUACUUAAAGGACCCCCAGACAGUCUGGAUUGUGUCGUCCGACUUUUGCCAUUGGGGCUCGCGUUUUAGCUACCGGCCAAGAUACUACAAUGGCGAGAUUCGCGACGGCAACACGGCCCUGAAAGUGUCCGUAGACUGGAACCGGGCGGCCGAGGAUCCGACACAUCCCGAAAUCCACGAGGUCAUCCGGGUGCUAGACCAGGCGGCUAUAGACGCGGUGGAGUCUGGGGCGCACAGCGAUUUCUUCACCACCGUACAAAAAACGGGCAAUACCGUCUGCGGGAGACACCCCAUUGGCGUAGUUAUGGCGGCGCUCGAGGUUGUCGUGGGCGACACCCCGGACGAGCAGAAGGGAAAGUUCAGCUUUGUGCAAUACCAGAGGAGCAACCUCGUCAAGAGGGAACGGGAUUUUAGCGUCAGUUAUGCUUCCGCGUACGCUGUGCUCUGA